AUGGAGCUGAAGAGUUCUCUGGCUCCUCACAUGAAAGCACUGUUUCAAGGCUUGGAUGUAACAAUCUUUGCCUACGGUGUAACAGGUACCGGCAAGACGCACACAAUGCGCGGUGGACUGCGGCUUGCCGAACGCGGCGUAAUUCCGAGGCUCCUGAGCAACGUCUACCGGAGGGGGAAGAAGAUCACGAAAGACACCGACGGGGCAACGACGGUGACUGUCGCUCUUUCUUAUUACGAAAUUUACAAUGACAAGGUCUAUGAUCUCCUCGAACCGCCCGAGAAGCGAACACCCGCCGGCCUGCCUCUCCGGGAGAAGGACGGAAAGACAAUGGUUGUAGGCCUGUCAGAACGCGCGUGCGACGAUCUCAAAGACUUUGAGAGACUGUACAUCGAGGCAAACAACAACCGCGUCACGGCAUCCACCAAGCUGAACGCCCACAGCAGUAGGAGCCACGCCAUCCUGAGGGUCAAGGUGACACAGACGACCGGGGACAUGGUUAAGGAGAGCACCGCUUCCGCCAUUGACUUGGCCGGCUCGGAAGAUAACCGGCGAACGGACAAUGGCAAAGAGCGAUUGGUGGAGUCUGCCGCCAUCAACAAGAGCCUGUUCGUGUUGAGCCAGUGCAUCGAUGCGAUCUCGCGCGGCGACAAGCGGAUCCCGUACCGCGAGUCUAAGAUGACGCGAAUUCUGUCCUUGGGCCAGAACAAUGGCAUCACGGUCAUGAUCCUCAACCUGGCCCCCAUUCGCAGCUACCACCUCGACACACUAAGCAGCCUGAACGUGAGCUCCAGGGCGAAGCGCAUCGAGGUGCGCGAGAUCGAGAACGAGAUCGUAUACAAGCAGGCCCCUCGCACCAAUUCCGGCGGGCUAGGGGGUAUCGGCGUGUUGCGUCAGCCACUACGGCCACUGAACAACGCCCACAACGUCCACACGGGGACGCUGGCAGCCAAGGCGGCAGAGAAGGCCGAAAAGCCCGACAAGCCCGUCAAGGCGUUCGCCGUCUACACCGACAAAAAGCCCUCGGUGGCCACCCGAACCAUCGUCACCCCAGCAGCCAACACCUCCGCCCCACGACAGCCCCUCCAGCCGAAGCGGCCGACCGAGACAUCGGACACCCUCCCACGCCCCUCGAAACUGGCCCGACCGACGGCGAUCGGGCAGUCCCUCCUCCGCCAACCACAACCCGUCCAAAUCGCACCACCUUCCCCUCAAAAACAAAUCUCCAUGACCCCCGACCAGAUCGAAGCCAUGGUCGAGAAGAAAGUGGCCGAGAUCCUCGCCUCUCGCGCCGCUGCCGAAGCCGCCGAAGCGGCGCAACCCGCGCCGACUGCAGCAGCUGACUCAAGCCCCGCCAUCCCAACCACCACCGUCUCCGCCGCGGCAACGACCCACAACGAAAUUAGCGAGGAAGUCAAGCGCCGGCUGGAGGCUCUCGAGCGGCGCAUCGACAGCGAGUCACGUGCGGAUGACACCCGGGCGGAGGGGCUUCGGCUACUGCUGCAGGCGCGCCAGGCAAAGGAACAUGGGGAUGACGAGGGCGCGUUGGGGUUGUAUGAGAGGGCGCUGCCUUUCUUUCCGGGGCAGGCGAAGCUGCUGGGGAAGAUUGAGCGGUUGAGGGUCAAGCUGGGGAAGAUGGAGGGGAAUGUGGGAAAGAAAGAGAGGAAGGUGAGGGUGGUGAGUGGGGAUGAGGAUGGGGAGUAUCAGGAGGGCACAGAGGCGGAUAUUGAUGAGGAGGAAGACGUGGCUGGUAAGAGCCCUGCAAGAGGCAAGGGGUUGAAAAAGAGGACUGUGAGGACGGGCGGUUUGGACGAGGAACCGCUUGAUGGGCCUGCCUCGCCACGGAUGAAGCAGUUGCUUGAGAUUGUCAACUCGAGGGAUCCGGUGUUGAUUAAGGGUUUGCAUGGCUUUGGCGCGAAGAAGGCGCAGGAUCUGGUCGACUGUUUGACACCCAAGGGCGACGAGGAUUCCUGCCGCAUUGAGUCGCUGGCUCAGUUGCGCGCGCUGCCUGGCAUGGGCGGCCGCAUUAUUGAACGUGCCUACGAGGGGUUGGUUGUUGUUGAGGCGUAA